CAUGAAGGGCUUUUUAGCUCUUAUUUUUUUACUUUUAAUUUGCGUCGAUUUUACUAAAUCUGCUUCUUGUGUUGCUUCAGCAAACAAGCUUACUGUAAAUUAUGGAACAUCCUGUGAUUUGAUUAGUUCUUUGACUGGUUUGGAUGAAGUUAGUAUAAGUGGUACAGUUUAUGUGAAGGGGUCGCCUGGAUCUACACCCCCUUCACUGGAAGCCACUAAUAUCUAUGUAUACGCUACGGGUAGAAUAUUAGCAGAUGGAUACGGAUAUGGGCCUAUGGAUGGGCCAGGGAAAGGGUCUUCCGGAGGGUCAGGAGGUUCUUAUGGUGGACGUGGUGGCAUGAAAACUGGUAUAUAUCUAAAGUCCAACGAAGCUGUAGCAUAUGGUGGCAUCGAAAAACCAAGUGACUUUGGAAGUGGAGGUGGUUGUUCUACCGGUGGCAAAGGAGGCGGUGUUAUUACAUUGAAAGCUACAGAUGACGUCAGGGUUGAUGGAUUGGUAUCUGCUAAUGGUAACGCUGACGGUAGUAACUGUGGUGGUGGCAGCGGUGGAAGUAUUUACAUAGACACAGAUUAUUUUAAAGGAAGUGGAAUGGUUACAGCACGUGGUGGAACAGGAAGCGGGACGGGCGGAGGAGGCGGAGGUGGACGUAUUUCUAUUGUUCACAGAGUUUCAGCAACAUUUAGUGGUGACAUAUUUGCAGAUGGUGGAGAAUGUUCCACUGAUGUAAAUCAACUAACACUGCAGUCCACCACAGCUUCAUCAGCAAGGCAUGCAGCUGCUUCCUACGGUGACAUGACAAAAAGUUCAACUAUUUCCUGGCGGGCAUAUUAUUUCAACACAGACCAGUGGUUACAAGCUUCAUUAUCUUCACCCAAAUGGAUUACUCGAGUCGCCACUAGAGGACAUCAGUCCUAUAAUAUGUGGAUUAAGACGUUUAAAAUCCAAUAUUACAACGACACAAGUUCAGCAUGGGUAUGAAACAAGUGAACUUCGAUAAAGAUUUAGUCUUAUAUAGAAUAUCAUAUUUUAAAUAAAGAAGUGGUCUUAGAAUAUCCUAUUUCAAAUUUCUCAGUUUAACAUAUUCCGGUGAAAUCUAUGGGGAAAAAAUAGAAAGAGAGAAAAAACAAACACAAAAACAAAUCAAACAUAAUUUCAUUUUUUUUAUGAUACGAAAACCAAUAAUCAUAUUCAACAUUAGUCCAUGUUGGUUUCGUUUUG